UCUCAGUCUUUCCACUACUACUACAGCUCCCUUCCUCCCUCUCUCCUCUUCUCUCCUCUUCUCUCCUCUCCUCUCCCUCCCAUCGCACUCACGCUUCCCCCGCAGCAUCUCUCUGUUUUCUUGGACUGCAGCAGAAAAAUCCGCUGCAUCGCACAAGAGCAGAAAACAGAGAUCUGGGUGCGAUGUCGUCUCCCCCUGUAUGCGUGUAAGCGAGGUGGAAACCGGGGAACGGAGCAGUCAGACUCAUCAGGCUCGCUGCGAUGCUUUCUGCUUCCCUGUGAAUCAUCCCCUCUAACUGAGUUCGGACAGGACAGAGGAUCUUCCUAAUUUCAAGUACUGUCUUCUUCUGAGCUCCAUUUGGGUCCUCCCAUCCAAUGGAAGUGGACAUGAUUAUUUAACCAUCAGUUACCUGGCAGCUGAUUACCUUUUCAAAGGUUCUAAACUGAUUUCCAUCUUGCUUUAACUUGAAACAGAGCACCAGUAACACAUCGGGUAUUUUAAAUUUGCUCUACCUUGGACAAUAAAAAAAGCAAUAAAACUGACAUAAAACACAGUCAGGGCCAAGUCUCCUUGAGCCAAGAUGGAUGACGCACCUAACAACAGGACUUCCUUGGUCAAAGGUGCCAAGGACAUCGCAAAGGAAGCCAAGAGGCAUGCUGCCAAAAAUUUCAGUAAAGCUGUUGAUCGUGCCUCCGAUGAAUACUCUACCCAGCGCAGCUACAACCGCUUCCGCAACGAGGAUGAGGACAACUGCAACGCAUACACUCAGCCAGACGGACAAUAUGGUGACAAUGCGGCCAACGACGAGGACGGGGCAUCCAGUGAUGCGACAGAGGGCCACGAUGAUGAAGAUGAGAUCUACGAGGGAGAGUACCAAGGCGUGCCGGCCUACAACGAGGGGAAGCCCCGGGAUGGGCAGGUGGCUCUGGGCCAGCCGGUUUCAGACAGCCUCAAGAGCCAAAAGGAGCUGGAAAACGAGAGGCAGGCAGAUGAAGAGGAGCUGGCUCAGCAAUAUGAGCUGAUCAUGCAGGAGUGUGGCCACGGGAGGUUCCAGUGGCAACUGUUCUUCGUGCUCGGAUUGGCCCUCAUGUCUGACGGCGUGGAAGUGUUUGUAGUCGGCUUCGUCCUGCCCAGUGCUGAGACGGAUAUGUGUGUCCCCAACUCCGGAGCUGGAUGGCUCGGCAGCGUUGUGUAUCUGGGGAUGAUGUUCGGAGCGUUUUUCUGGGGCGGUCUUUCAGACAAGGUGGGCCGCAAACAGUGCCUGCUCAUAUCCAUGUCCGUCAACGGCUUCUUUGCCUUCCUCUCUUCCUUUGUUCAAGGCUACAGUAUGUUUCUUCUCUGCCGCAUGGUGUCUGGCUUUGGGAUUGGCGGGGCUGUGCCGAUAGUAUUCUCCUACUUUGCGGAGGUCUUGGCCAGGGAGAAGAGAGGAGAGCACCUGAGCUGGCUCUGCAUGUUCUGGAUGAUUGGAGGAAUUUACGCCUCAGCCAUGGCCUGGGCCAUAAUCCCACACUAUGGGUGGAGUUUCAGCAUGGGAUCAGCCUACCAGUUCCACAGCUGGAGAGUGUUUGUGGUGGUCUGUGCGCUGCCUUGCGUCUCUGCAGUGGUAGCUCUCACUUUUAUGCCUGAGAGCCCUCGCUUCUUCCUGGAGACAGGUAAACACGACGAGGCCUGGAUGGUGCUCAAACACAUCCAUGACACCAACAUGCGCGCCCGAGGAGAGCCUGAGAGGGUCUUCACUGUGAACAGGAUAAAAGUCCCCAAACAGCUGGACGAGCUGGUGGAGAUGCAGAGCGAGUCAGCCAACCCUGUGCUCAAGGUCCUCUUCAGGAUCAAGGCUGAGCUCAGAGGAAUCUGGUUGACUUUUAUGAGAUGUUUCAACUACCCAGUUAGAGAAAACACCAUCAAACUGGCAGCAGUCUGGUUUACCUUGUCAUUUGGGUUUUACGGACUGUCAGUGUGGUUCCCAGAUGUCAUCAAACACCUUCAGGCUGAUGAGUACGCUUCCAGAGUGAAGAUUCACCAAAAUGAGCGCAUUGAAGACUUCACCUUCAAUUUCACACUUGAGAACCAGAUCCACAGAAAUGGAGUCUUUCUGAAUGACAGGUUUAUCGGCAUGAAAUUCAAGGCGGUGAAGUUUAUAGACUCCUCUUUUGUGAACUGCUAUUUUGAAGAUGUCUCCUCAGUGGGAUCCUCCUUCAGAAACUGCACCUUUGUGGACUCUUUCUUUUACAACACUGAUAUUGACGAUGCCAAGCUGACAAAUUCAAGAGUGAUCAACAGCUCCUUUCACCACAACAAGACUGGCUGUCAGAUGACUUUUGACGAUGACUACAGCGCCUACUGGGUCUAUUUUGUUAACUUCCUGGGAACUCUGGCUGUGUUGCCAGGAAACAUCGUCUCUGCUCUCCUCAUGGACAAGAUAGGGCGCCUUAGUAUGUUAGGAGGUUCCAUGGUGCUAUCAGGUAUCAGCUGCUUUUUCCUUUGGUUCGGCACAUCCGAGUCAAUGAUGAUCUUCAUGCUCUGUCUCUACAAUGGUCUCAGCAUCUCUGCAUGGAACUCCCUGGACGUAGUCACCGCUGAGUUGUACCCUACAGACAGGAGGGGCACAGGAUUUGGCUUCUGUAAUGCCAUAUGUAAGCUGGCUGCAGUGCUUGGCAAUCUGAUUUUUGGCUCUUUGGUUGGCAUCACCAAAGCUAUCCCCAUUCUCCUGGCGUCAUCUGUUUUGGUUGGUGGCGGUUUGGUGGGCCUCCGACUGCCAGACACACGUUCCAAUGUCCUCAUGUAGACGUCGGCCGAGAGAACCGGGUUCACCGGGUUUUUACUCAGCAUGCUGAACAUUCGUUUUUGAGAUCUUUUUUUUUUUUUAUUAGAGUGUCGUUGCUGCCAUUGUCAACGUGUGUUUCAUGUCAAUGACACGAUGCUUAAUAUCAUGCCAACUCAAAUGCAUUGCGGGUAGCGAUUGUUCAGUUGAUUCUGAGUAAGAUACCCGGUAAAGAGUCUAAUGCAGUUUUACAGAGCUGCGGAUGUACAGAGAAAGCUUGUAUGAACGAUUGUCUUAACAAUGCACCAGAUGCCAGUUUUUGUCCCCAAACUGUUGGUGCUCUUACAGAUGUUUAAAGCAAAAGGCUUAUCUAUCAUGAGUGGUGAUUAAACUCUGUAAAUCAGCAGCUCAAUACCUAUAGGCUUUUUCGCACAUGCAAGCCACAAAGGCAUGUAAAAAAGUUACAAAAGGCUUGGAGUACCUGCAACCUUCUAAAUCCUCCGCUGUAGUCACCAUUUUCCAAAAA